AUUGGCCUCUUCCUCUCAUUCAUCGACUCCUCCAUAGUAUCGACUGCAAUAUUCACCAUUGGCACUGAAUUCAACGCAGCCACGAGAGUCUUCUGGGUCGCUUCGGCGUACACAUUGGCCAACGUUGCAUUCGCGCUCCCCUUUACCGCAGUAGCUGAUGUCAUUGGACGGUUCCGGGCAUAUCUUCUCGCAUCGGUCGUGUACCUGGUGUUCUCGAUCGCUUGCGGGUUCGCGCAGACGCUGAAUCAACUCGUUGCGUUCCGUGCUCUGCAGGGCUUGGGUGGGUCUGGUCUUUACGCUCUCGGGCAAGUCAUCUGGCCAGAGAUGAUGACAAUCAGCCAGAGACGAUGGUUGGGCGCGGCUAUUGGUGGGAUUCUCGCCAUAGCGGGAGCGGUAGGGCCUCUGCUGGGAGGAGCCAUUACCAGCGGUGCAACUUGGCGAUGGAUCUUCUGGUUCAAAACUCCAGUCGCUGCUGUCGCGCUGAUGCUAUUCCUCGUAUCAUGGCCGAGACAGGCUCGUCACCACGUACGUCGAGCCAUACGGACUCUUGACUGGGUGGGCUGUCUACUGCUCAUUGGAGCAAGUACACUGCCAACGCUUGCCUUUCAAGAAGCAGGAAGAAAGCCCAUCUCGCAUGAGGCGCUAUUCCUGGCACCGCUAAUCAUCGGUAUCUGCUUGUGGAUAGUGCUCGUCGGCUGGGAAAUUUACAUCGCCAAAUCGGAGCGAUGCAGCUGGAAGACGGUCCCGAUAUUCCCGCCAGACCUGAUGAGAACCCGCCGAUAUACUGCGGCAGCGAUCAAUACCUUGUUCACAGGGUUCGCCUACUACAUAGUCGUGUACGCGAUACCAUUGCGCCUCCAGGGCGUCAAUGGAAGAACCCCGGUACAAGCCGGCAUCGCUCUAGUCCCGUUGCUAGGCGCUGCAGCAGUCGGUAGCUUCUCGACGGGAGGGUUGUCGUUCAAGAAAGACAUGCUAGGCUGGACCUCAAUUGCUGGAUCUGCACUGAUGGCAAUUGGUACUGGCUUGCUGACGACUUUGGAGGUCCAUGAUACUCGUGCUAUACCAAAAAGUCUGUACGGCUUUGAGGUGUUUGCCGGUCUUGGUUUCGGACUUGCAGUGGCCUCAGCCAGCAUGCUUGCCAACUUCGAAUGCGAGCUUGAGCAUCACGCUGUUGCGCAGGGCAUCGUCUCGCAGGCCCGUGUCUUGGGUGGUUCACUGGGUAUUGCUGCAGCUUCGGCCAUUCUCGGCCGCGAACUCCGCAUACAGGCCAGCAUCGCAGUCAGAGAAAGCAAAGAUGCUUCAUUGUCCGGGACGGCCAGUGACGAGCUGAGCAAAAGCGUUCAGAUUGCGUACUCCGACGCUUUUUCCACCACAUUACUGGUGGCAUGUGUUGUGUGUUGCGUCGCAUUUUUCUCAGCGCUUGGUACGUGGGACCGCCACAAGCAGGGCCUGCGAGAACGAAACGCCGCGCAGGAACAGCGAGAAAGCGAUCGCAUUGAGCGUCUCACCGCGCCCACUCGCGUUGGACCUGGAUGA